AUGGCCAAAAAUGGAGUUGAAAAUGAGCCAGACACAAACGGAUUGAACGGGCACCUGAGCCAGCGAGAUUCUGAAGUCGUUCGGCUCAUUGGCCAACAUCUCGAAGAUCUUGGCCUUCAAAAGGUUGCGAAGCAUUUGAUCGAGGAAACAGGAACAGAACUUGAAAACGAGUACGCUACUGAAUUUCGCAGCUCGAUUCUCACCGGUGACUGGAGCAAAGCUAUUGCAGCGCUAGAAAAACUACGGCCGGAGAUAAAUCACGAUGAGAGAGUCCAGAACAUGAUCUUUCAAAUCUACGAGCAGAAAUAUCUUGAGCUGCUUGAAGAUGGAGAAACUCUCGAAGGAGUCAAAUGCCUCAGACAAGACCUCGCUCCGCUUAAUAUUCAAACAGAGCAUUUACAAAAGCUUGCCCAGAUACUUCUUGUCCAGGACAAAAAACAGAUCUAUUCAAUGAUGAACUGGCCCGGCAAAGGACGGGCAUCACGCGCGGCGCUAAUGGAUAAACUUCAGUCCUAUCUGCCUCAUCAUAUUAUGCUUCCGCCACAUCGGCUAUCAGUUCUUCUGCAACAAGCCCAGAAAUUUCAACAACAGCAGUGCCUCUUCACAAAUGGAAACUUGCCACAGACAUCUCUCCUAUUUGACGCUAAAUCGCCCAUCAAAAAGAUACCAUCCAAGUGUAUUCAAACCCUCAAUCGCCACGCUGGAGAUAUAACCUACUGCCGCUUCAAUCAUUCGGGCACGCACCUAGCUACUGGCUCGAAAGAUGAAACAGUCGUCAUCUGGUCAGUAGCAUCCAACGGAACUGUUACCUACGAGAAAACCCUAUCUUGUGACUUCGAAGUGACAUUUUUCGCCUGGUCUCCAAACGAUCAGCUUUUGGCGGUUGUCGGAGCCGAGAACACGCCUUGUGUGAAUCUCUGGGACGUCAAAGCCGGAACGAAAAAGCAUGAGAGUCGACAAAGCCCAGAUGAUAGUCUUACCUCUGUAGCGUGGUUUCCCGAUGGCCAAAGCUAUGUUUGCGGGGGCAAACGUGGACAGUUCUACCAAGUGGGCUUGGAAGGACAUAUUCUUGAGACGUUUGAUGGCGUGAGAGUUUAUGGCCUUCAUGUUAUGGGAGACGGGAGAAACAUUUUAGCCUCAGACUCUCAUAAUCGAAUCAGAAGCUAUGAUUUCGAAGCAAUCUUGGACAAAGAAGUCAUCAACAGACUUCCAAAUCCGAUCAUGACUUUCUGUGUAUCUGCUGAUGAAAAGUACGCGCUACUGAAUGUACUCGAAGACGGGCUUCAUCUUUAUGAUCUGACUUGCAAUACGUUUGUCAGAAAAUUUCGGGGUAACCGACAGAGCAUGUAUCAAAUUCACUCUGCCUUUGGUGGAGACAACGAAGAGUUACUCGCGACUGGAUCCGAGUGUGGCACAAUUUUCAUCUUUCACAAGGACAGAGAAACACCGAUAAAAGAGCUUACUGGCCAUUCAAUGGACAAAUGCGUGAACUGCGUGCAUUUUCACCCCAUUUACACGAAUCUCUUGGCUUCUGUUUCUGACGACCAGCUUUUGAAAAUUUGGAAGCCAGCAGAGAAUGAAGAUGAAUUUGGAAGGCCAGAUUUCGUAUGA